AUGGGUUCCAAGGUCUGGCAUAUGUUCCUUCUCUUGGCCUUGGCAAUGGUGGCUGAAUGCACCAAAUUUGACGAGGUCAAUUCGGGUAUUCACCAUCGGGACAACAACAGUCGAGAUUCGUGCAUUGGCGAGCACUGUAACAUUGAAGAUGAUAUAUUCAUGGAUUCUGAGACAAAUAUUCGACUACUUGCUGCAAGAAAAUACAUUUCAUAUGAAGCACUUAAGAAAAACAAUGUCCCGUGCCUCCAACAAGGACGAUCUUACUACGAAUGUUCCACUGGGAAACCGGUCAACCCUUACACUCGUGGUUGCACUUACGCAACACGUUGCAGAAGGUACACUGCUUAA